UCUUUUCUCUCUUUUGAACGCAGCGUUUCAAUCUAACUGCAAACCCUAAUUUCAAGAAGAAAGAGGAGGGAAAGAAAGAAAACAAAAAAGAAAUGAACGAAGACGAACGAGGAUACGGCGAGAGCGGGGAUCCCGUAGAUCAAUUCCACCCUAACGAAGCUAUAUCCGCCGUAGCUGACGAUGGUUUCUUGGCCGAAGAAGACGAAGAUUACGAGGAUCUUUACAACGAUGUUAAUGUCGGUGAGGGUUUCCUUCAAUCGUUACACAAAAAUGACGAUUCAGUAGUUAAAAACGACGACGCUGAAGCUAAAAUCUUGCCACCACCGCCGCCGCUGCCACUGCCACCUCCACCGCCGCUGACAGGUCAGGUUGCCGGUGUGGUUUCUGUACCGGGUGCGGGUGGUGGUUCCGGCGAGGGUGUCGGUGGGGUUUCUGGGUUUCAGAAUCAAGGUUUUAGAGGAGGUGGGGUUAGGGUUGAAUUAGGGCCGAAAUCUGCUAAUUUGAGUGAGAUUGAGGUGCAGGGUGGUCAUGAGGGUGUUGGUUUGCAGGGGAUUGUGCAACAGCAUUCACUUGGUGUUGUUGGAAAUGAUGGAAAUGAUGGAUUGGUGAGACAAGGUCAAGGUGUUGGUGGAGGAAAUGGGGGUGUGAAUAGUGUAAGUGCUGGUAAUGGAGGUGGAGGUGAAGGAGGAGGUACUGUAUUAUUUGUUGGUGAUUUGCACUGGUGGACUACAGAUGCGGAACUUGAAGCUGAGCUUUGUAAGUAUGGGCAAGUGAAGGAAAUAAGGUUUUUUGAUGAGAAAGCUAGUGGGAAAUCCAAAGGGUAUUGUCAGGUUGAGUUUUAUGAUCCUUCAGCUGCAACAGCUUGUAAGGAUGGGAUGAAUGGACAUGUGUUUAAUGGUAGGCCGUGUGUUGUUGCUUUUGCGUCGCCUUUUACUGUUAAGAAAAUGGGAGAGGCUCAGAAUAAUAGGAGUCAACCAGUGAACCAAAACACAGGGGCUAAUCAGGGAAGGAGAGGGCCUGUUGAGGCUGGUGCUACUAGGCCUGGUGGUGGUAAUGUUGGGACAGGUGGUAACUUUCAAGGUGGAGAUGGGAAUAAUAGAGGUUACGGUGGAAGAGGUAAUUGGGGGAGAGGUAAUAAUCCUGGAAUGGGGAAUAGAGGAUCUGUUAAUCCGAUGAGGAAUAGGGGAGGUGGGAUGGGUGGUAGAGGUAUCAUGGGUAAUGGUGGAAAUGGAUUUGGACAGGGUCUUGGUGCUGCGCCGCCUAUGAUGCAUCAUCAGGCAAUGAUGAAUCAGGGUUUUGAUCCGGCUUUUGGUGGUCCCAUGGGUAGAAUGGGAGGCUAUGGAGGGUUUCCCGGUGGCCCGACACCUCCGUUCUCUGGAAUGAUGCCUUCGUUCCCUGGUGUUGGUAUGCCUGGAGUAUCACCUCAUGUUAAUCCUGCCUUCUUUGGAAGAGGGAUGCCUAUGAAUGGUAUGGGGAUGAUGCCGCCGUCAGGCAUGGAUGGUCCUAAUAUGGGAAUGUGGCCUGAUCCAAAUAUGGGCGGAUGGGGCGGUGAAGAACAUGGUGGUGGCAAGGCUGCAGAGUCAAGUUAUGGGGAGGAAGCUGCGUCUGACCAUCAAUAUGGUGAAGAGAGUCAAGAUAGAGCUGGUUGGCCUAAUGCUAUGAGGGAAAAAGAUAGAGGAUCAGAGAGAGAUUGGUCGGGUUCUUCUGAACGAAGGUUCAAGGAUGAUAGAGAUCAAGGAUAUGAGAGAGAUGUACCUAGAGAAAAAGAUGCGGGACAUGACCAAGAAUGGUCAGAAAGAAGGAGUCGUGAUGAUAGAGAAGUGGGACGAGGACGAUCUCGGGACCGUGAUCGUGCACGAUCUCGAGACCAGGACCGUGACCGUGAAAGGGAUCGGGACCGUGAUCGUGACAGGCACAGGGAAGAUAGGGACAAGUAUGCUGAUCAUCAUAGAUACAAAGACCGCGAGGCAGAGCAUGAUGAUGAACGAGAGAGGGGUCGGUCGUCAAGGACUCACAGCAAAUCACGAUUGGCAUCACAUGAGGAGGAACACCAUUCUAGAAAAGAUGCUGAUUAUGGAAAGAGGAGGCGGCUUACCUCUGAAUAAUUUUGUAUGCUUCUUAUGAUAUCUGAGUAGACUGAGUAUUUUGUGUUGAGGAAGGAAAGAACAAUAACUGAAAAGUCCGGAUUUGUCAUUGUUGUUUGAAUUUUCUGGUUGUGCUCCUCUGGUGCAGAAGUUGUUGAGCAGCUGUUUUAUUUCAAUACUUGUUAUGGUUGCUUCUUGUUAGGAGUGUGGUUUCUUCUAUGAGAAAGUGUUUUGUAGGGACAAUUGUUUUAGAAAGGCUGUUCAUUCAAACUCUGGUUGCUUUGUGGAUAAAAGUACCUUCAAUAUUGGAGAUUCAAGACAUGACAAUCUUUUUCUUACUCUGAGGAGUGAAACUUUAGCAAUGGAUUUAUUAGCUUUUGAUUCGAAUUUAUGUUUGUUAUUAGUACACAAUUAAACCAACAAUGUUGAUGUAAUGAGUUUAACUUGCUGAAGUCUGUCAUGUUGUAGACUGUUUAGAACUUUUUGUUUGAAUGAUGUACUAGGAUUUAGCAGAGGAUGUUGAUGAUGUGCCUUUUUUUAUUGGCUCACUGUUGUAUCAUUUUUCCCAUUUUUUUUCUCUGUUUUCUUCCCAACGUUUUGUUAGUAUAGUGGUCGAGCAUGCAAAUUUUAUUUUUGAUGUAGAGAGAGCUAACCAUUCAAUUACUGUAAUAAUAGUCAUUCAAAGCUGGAGAAUUGUACAUUAUGUUUUCAUGUAUAUAUUGAUAUUGAUAUUUAUUUUUCUGAUAAA